UAAGGAAAUAUAUUACGUGGAAGAUAAAAAUAAAUAAAUAAAUUGAAACCUUUCCCCAAAAGAAAAGUCUAAACCCUAGGCUAGCCCUUAAACCUUCCACUCCAAUUUUCCCAAAAAUCCAAACAGAAACAGAACCCUAGCUUCAUCAAAUCUCCAACCAUCUCCAGUUCAAAGCUCGUUGCCAAUGGCUUUCUUCACCGGGGGGCGAUUCCGUGAGCUUUUAAAGAAGUACGGAAAAGUGGCAAUGGGAGUACACUUGUCUGUCUCCGCCGCCUCGAUUUCCGGUCUCUACGUCGCCAUCAAAAACAACGCCGACGUCGAAUCCCUUCUCGACAAAUUGCACAUGGGCGGCGUUUCCGCCAAAGACCAGGUCGGAUCGAACCCAUCCGACGAGUUUGUCCUUGAAGAUAAUGUAAAUGGGACAUCGACGACGGUGGUCGUUGAGAAAGAGAAGACGAGGAAUCGGACGGCGGAACUGGCGGCUUCGAGUGGCGGUGCUCUGGCAUUGGCUGUGCUUUGUAACAAAGCCCUCUUCCCUAUUCGGGUGCCGAUAACGGUCGCGCUUACACCACCGAUUGCCAGGUUCUUGGCCAGGAGGAAGAUCAUCAAGACCGGUGUAUGAUUUUUCUGCCCUUGUAAUUUUUCUGUUCAUUGCCAAUAAAUAAUAAACAGAGAAAAAGUGGGUAAUAUUUUUUAUAUGGAUAUAUGGAAUCGAUUUUAGAUUUGUAUAUUCAUUGAUUUUGUUCAGAACUUCAUAAAUGUCUAGACUUUGUAGAAUGGAUUAUCGGAGGAGACUUAAUUAGCAUUGAUGAGUUCUUUAACUUGCUCCAAUUCACUGGAUUAGAUAUAUGAGGAGGCCUUGUGUUGCGUUGAUAAGGAUUUGUUUAGAAAAAAACCAACAUUGAACAAA